CCCUUCCCACCCUAUUCAUCAAGUAUAAAAUAUGAAGUGACUGCUUUAUUCCCAUUCAAGUCAGAGGAGCCCUGGAACCAUGAGCAACUGGGUGCUUAAUCAUGGCCUGUCUGCCCUGGUCAUUGUGGUGUGGCUGGGAAUCAACAUCUUUCUAUUUGUCUAUUACUUUCACUUUUACGAAUACAAUACAGAAUUUUACUACACAAGACAAAUUACUGGAUCUGCACUGGCCUGGGCUCGCGCUCCAGCUGCCUGUCUCAACUUCAAUUGUUUGUUGAUCCUGCUGCCUGUCUGUCGCAAUUUAUUGUCCUUCCUCAGAGGAUCCUGUGUGUGCUGUAGAUGCAGUGCCCGGAAACAGUUGGACAAGAACAUCACAUUCCAUAAACUUGUGGCCUACAUGAUCGCCCUGCACACGGUAAUUCACAUUGUGGCGCAUUUAUUCAACUUUGAACGGUUCAACGACAGUCAGCAGUCAACUGAACAUACGCUGGAUGCGGUCCUAUCCCGCAUUGGCAACAAUGACAGCAAAUGGUUGAAUCCUAUUCGGUCUAAUGAGACGACCCCCUCCUAUAUUACAUUCACCACCAUAGCUGGAUUAACUGGAGUUAUCAUCACGCUUGCCCUCAUCCUCAUGAUCACAUCCUCAACAGACACCAUUCGGAGGUCAUAUUUUGAGGUCUUCUGGUUCACACACCAUCUCUUUGUCAUAUUUUCUGGACUUGUCAUCCAUGGAAUUGGCCGCAUUGUUCGUCAACAAACCGAGGAGAGCAUGGAGGUACAUGACUUCCUGUUCUGUCAAAAUCGUACUGCAGAAUGGGGGAGCAUCCCUGAAUGUCCAAUCCCUACUUUCAAGGGAGGAGCUCCUAUGACUUGGAAGUGGGUGCUUGCCCCAAUGAUCUUGUACGUCUUUGAGAGACUACUACGACUGUAUCGAUCACAACAGAGUGUUGUUAUCACCAAGACUGUUGUUCAUCCGUCAAAAGUCCUUGAACUUCAGAUGCAGAUGAAGAGUUUUAAAAUGGAAGUGGGACAAUACAUCUUCAUCAACUGUCCAUCCAUCUCACAACUGGAGUGGCAUCCCUUCACUCUGACCUCUGCUCCAGAAGAAGAUUGUUUCAGUGUACACAUUCGAUCAGCUGGUGACUGGACAGAUAGCAUGUUCGAAACAUUCGGAAGAGAUGAAUUUGAGAGACUAAAACAAAUGCAACCAAGGAUUUCAGUGGAUGGUCCUUUUGGUACGGCUAGUGAAGAUGUCUUCCAUUAUGAGGUCAGUGUUCUAAUUGGAGCCGGCAUUGGAGUGACGCCGUUCGCAUCUGUUCUCAAGUCUAUCUGGUACAAAUAUGAGAACUCUGACGCUGGACUGAGAACCAAGAAGAUUUACUUCUUCUGGAUCUGUCGAGAGACUCAGGCGUUUGAAUGGUUCGCUGACUUACUCCGAUCACUUGAGAGCAACAUGGAACAAUUGGGCAAACCCGAUUUUCUCAACUACAAACUUUUCCUGACCGGCUGGGAUUCUGCACAGGCGGUUCACAUCAAGGUGCACUUUGAUAAAGAGACUGAUGUAGUGACUGGACUCAAACAGAAAACACACUAUGGUAGACCCAACUGGGACAAAGAGUUUCAUUUGAUUGCACAAGCACACCCCAAGACAACAAUUGGAGUCUUCUUGUGUGGACCACAACCUUUGGCUAAAGCUUUAGAACAAUGCACAAACAAGUACUCUGAGAUCAACCCCUUGGGUGUUCACUUCCAUUUCAACAAGGAGAACUUCUAGUUUUCAGGGGAAAUACCUGGCAAAAAAAACACACAAGGAAGAAUUCUAAUUUUAUAGGAUCCAGCUUCCCUCUCUUCGCACAAA